UGAUGGAGGACAGAACCAGCUCAGACGCUAACACCGACACUCAACGAAGUCAAAAAGAGUGAAAAAUGCAACGAAAACGCUCCGUGGAGACGCACCAUGAUCAGGCCUGAAUUGGAGAAGUUUGCUGGAGUUGUCACAGUUUGAGUGCAUGGCCGCAACAAAGGCGACAAGUUCCUCCAGCCAAGAUGGAAAUGAUUUGAAUUGACAGUCGCCUCUGUGUUAGAAAGCCAUUAAAUGCUUUACAAAUAUAGGCCACCGUCCAGACAAAGAUGACCUGUUUGGACUGCGGGCUGCACGCCUCCGGACAAGGAGUCUCCUUCAUUCACGUCUUCAUCGCGUUUCUACUGGGUAACUGCAAAGCGUUGGGAUUACCACAUGAACCAGCGUUGACAGAGAGAUUUCUGCAGGAUAUUCCUCAGUAUGAAGUCGUUCACCCUACUCGAGUUGAUGCCAGAGGUCGCUUCCUGUCCAACUUCCUGUCCCACCAUGCUCGCCGUGUUCAGCGCCGGGAAGCCGCUGAACCGUUGAACUCGAAUCGAGUCUUCUACCAGUUGCAGCAUGGCAGCAGCAGUUUGCACUUUAACCUCACUCUCAACCAAAACCUGUUGGCUCCAGGCUUCCUGACGGAGAGGAGGUACGGUGGCCUGGAGGGGGCAAAGAUCAGUCCUCCUGGUUCGUCACAGUGCCAUUAUAUAGGCGAGGUGUCGGAUCAGGGAUCCGUGAGAGGACGGGCGGCCAUCAGCACAUGCGAUGGACUGACAGGACUGUUCAAGUUGUCUGGUGAAGAGUUUUUUAUUCAACCUCUGGAGAAAUCAAGCGCUAAGACCUCAGCACCUCAGGCCCACGCCAUCUACAAACGCCAUGCAUCCCCUCCCUCCUUCCGCCCUGUGUUACAGCCAAUCUCAGGGAAACAAGCUGUCAACGGUACCUGUGGAGUUCAAAUUUCUAGUUUAGAAAACAUUGAGAGAGCGCGGGAGCGAUGGGAACACCGGCAGCAGAGAAAAAGAAAGCGGAUUCGCCAACGCUCCGUCAGCAAGGAGAAGUGGGUGGAAACACUGGUGGUGGCUGACCCGAAAAUGGUAGAGCAUCAUGGGAGCAAAGCUGUGGAGAGCUAUGUCCUCGCUGUCAUGAACAUUGUGGCGAGUCUGUUCAGCGAUGCCAGUAUUGGAAAUGCAAUCAACAUUGUAGUCGUUCGACUCAUCUUACUGGAGAAGGACGAGGACGACCUAAAGAUCACACAUCAUGCUGACAACAGCUUGAACAGCUUCUGUAAGUGGCAGAAGAAACUCAACAUGAAAGGAGAAGAACAUCCGCAGCACCACGAUGUGGCAGUUCUGCUCACAAGGAAGGAUAUCUGUGCAGCUGUCAACAUGCCAUGUGAGACUCUGGGUCUGUCACAUGUAGCGGGGAUGUGUCAGUCUCAUCGCAGCUGCAGCAUCAGUGAGGACACCGGCCUCCCACUGGCCUUCACUGUAGCCCAUGAGCUGGGCCACAACUUUGGGAUUCAGCAUGAUGGCAGCGGUAAUGACUGUGAACCCAUUGGGAAACGACCUUUCGUCAUGUCUCCACAGCUCCUGUAUGGCACUUCCCUGCCCAGGUGGUCACGCUGCAGCCGCCAGUACAUCACCCGCUUCCUGGAUCGUGGCUGGGGUUGGUGCCUGGAUGAUCCCCCUGUGAAGGAUAAACUAUCUCUGAACUUGGUGCUUCCUGGGGUUUUAUACAGCGCUGCUCAUCAGUGCAAGCUGCAGUAUGGAUCUGGCUCGGUGCUCUGUGAUGACAUGGAUAACGUGUGUGGUACUCUGUGGUGCACUGUGGGAACGACCUGCCACUCAAAGCUGGACGGAGCUGUGGAUGGAACCAGCUGUGGAGAGGAUAAGUGGUGUAUCAGUGGGGAGUGUGUAGUAGUUGGAUCUGAACCAAAGAGUGUGAAUGGAGGCUGGGCAUCAUGGAGCGAGUGGUCACCCUGCUCCAGGACGUGUGGAGCUGGAGUCCAGAGCGCCCACAGAGACUGUGAUAACCCAAUUCCUGCUUACAAAGGGAAAUACUGUCUGGGGGAGCGGCUCAGGUACAAGAUCUGUAACACUGCCCCGUGUCUUCAUGACCUGCCGAGCUUCAGAAGCAUCCAGUGCUCUCACUUCAACAGCAUGCCAUACAAGGGCAAGUUUUACAAGUGGGAUGCAGUCAUCAACAGAGUGAGCCCCUGUGAGCUUCACUGCCGUCCACUUAAUGAAGAUUUUUCUGAAAAGAUGCGAGAUGCCGUCAUCGAUGGGACGCCCUGCUACGAAGGCAACAAAAGUAGAGAUAUAUGCCUCAACGGCAUCUGCAAGAAUGUCGGCUGUGAUUAUGUGAUUGAGUCCAGCGCUGUGGAGGAUCGCUGUGGAGUUUGCCAGGGUAACGGCUCCACGUGUACGACAGUGAAGAGGACGUUUGAGGAAAGUGAAGGACUUGGCUAUGUUGACAUCGGGCUGAUCCCUGCGGGAGCCUGGGACAUCCACAUUGAGGAGGUUGCAGAAGCUGGGAAUUUCUUGGCACUACGAAGUGAUACCCCAAACAAAUACUUCUUAAAUGGUGGCUGGACGAUCCAGUGGAACGGAGAGUACAAAGCAGCCGGGACAGUGUUCACCUACGAGCGAACAGGACACCUGGAGAACCUGACAUCUCCUGGACCCACUAUGGAGCCUCUGUGGAUUCAGCUUCUCUUUCAAGAGAAAAAUCCAGGAGUGCGGUACGAGUACACCAUCAAUAGGGAGGUCUCAGAGAACAAUGAAAUCCCUUCAUCAGAAUUCUUCUGGAAAUAUGGUUCAUGGACUGAAUGCAGCGUGACAUGUGGAAGAGGUGUUCAGAGACAGAUGGUUCACUGUGUGGAGAGGAUGACUGGGAUCAUGGAGGAGCACUUCUGUGACCCUUUAACCCGCCCUGACGAUAACCAAACCAGCUGUAGCAAGGAUCCAUGUCCAGCCAUAUGGUGGUCGGGGGAAUGGCAGAAGUGCUCAGCGAGCUGUGGGAGCUCAGGUCUAACUAAAAGGACAGUGCUGUGCAUUCAGGCAGUGAGUGCAGAGGAGCAGGAAGCCCUGCAGCCCUCUGAAUGUGAGCACAUCCCCAAACCUGCAUCACUAUCCUCCUGUAAUACACACAUCCCCUGCCCUUCAGACUGGACCACUGGCAGCUGGUCAAAGUGCUCUCAGACUUGUGGAAGUGGAGUUCGUCGCCGUAACGUGACCUGCUCCAGAAACACAGGUGUUGACUGUGACCUGCAGAAGAAGCCACUCACUACUACUCCUUGUUUCAUCCAGGACUGUCCACAAGUAGCGGAUAAUUUUGGAAGCAUCGACUGGUCUGGAAGCGGCUGGUCAAGCAAAGAAGUGCUUAACGAAAUCAACUCCAUACCUGAAGUGAAACCUCCUCCCAAAUACAGCACCACACGAGCCCAGCCUAGAAAUCAUCAAGACCUUAAUAACAAUGUGGAGGGAGAUUUUCACUACCAUAAUAACAUUGAAAAUAUUAACCAGGCUGCAGAAAACAGUGUCCAAGUUGAUGAUUUUUACUACGAUUAUAACUUUAUCAACUUCCAUGAAGACUUGUCAAAUGACUUUGAGAGUGAAGGGAAGGAUUCAGAGGGCAGUGACCCACUAGAUGCUCCAGACAAGGCCAAACCGGCACACAAUGUGAAAGAGAUCACUCACAUGGAAAGCACACUUGCUCCCACAGCCUCUACAUACUUAACCACAAUUUCGAAGGCCUACGCUUUGAAAGAUGAGGAGCCACAGACAACAAAACCAGACAGCAUGAGGGAAAAUGAAAAUGCAGUAUCAAAGGAGUCUGUACAAACAAGUUCUGAAAAUUUUGAUGACUUUCUUUCAGAGGAUUUUCUUCUACCUGUGUCGACCACUCACCCGCCACCUUUAACUCCAACACAGGAUCCACAAACACAAAAACCGAGGCAUAAUUUUCUGUUGUGGCCUGAAAAUACUAGCACAAAGUCGAGUCUGGUUUUCACAACAAAUGAACCCACACAGGAUGUGAAAUGGGGGCAGUAUGAGGAGGAGGCUGAAAAUAACCAUGACAAUUUCUCAGAGGAGGAAAAGCCCAUUCAGGAGGUCACUGUGACUCCAAAACAUGCUGCUCCAACUCCACAACAUCAAACCACUAUUCAUACUGUUGUCACAGCAACAUCAGGUGCUAAUAAGUAUAGUUACAAUGAAAUAAGCACACAAGGUCUGACUGUUGCUGCAGAGGAAAUAGAUGAAGAGAGUCGAGAACUUUUAGGCUCUGACACUCCAGAAACUGGAUUUAAGGUUGAAACUCAGAGUAAAAAUACUUCUGAUAUACCUCAAACAACAAGUCAGUCAUCAGCGUUUCCACCUUUCUCUGCAUUAAAAGACGUGGGCUUGGAUCAGACUAAUGUAGAAACAUUUACCACUAGUCAGUAUUCAUGGGACACUGACUUUGACCUCAGUACAACCUCACUUCCUGUCUUUAUGGAAUCUCCUCCUCUCCACAUUCCCUCUCUGCUAACCUCAGGUAGCCAAAAGGCCUCAGAUGACUCCAAGUCCGUAACUGGAACAGAACUCAUACCUCCUACAAACCUGGAUGACAGCGCUCGUCCUCCUCCAGCUAAUUUCCUGCCAGCAAUAAUAAAACACACACCGACAGAAGCUGCCUCCACUGAAAGAACUGGAACACAAUCCCCAGCUCCGUCCAUUGAUUCUGCUGAUUUAGACUUCAUUGAAGUAGUUAUCCCAGCGAUAGCAGGGAGCAGCAGUGCCCCUGAAAUGUCAAACCAGCUUACAACAAACGCAGCAGUUGACCCACAAGGUGUAACACAAGGAACACCUGCUGUUUCCAUUUUGCCGACAAAUCCACCGGCCCUGUGGACUCUUCCAGGGCCGACAUUGGUCCAAACGUCCGCCUCCACACAAGUCAUUAUUCCUGCCUACUGGGUCACCGGCAACUGGAGCGCUUGCUCCACCACUUGUGGUCUGGGUGCCAUCUGGAGGACUUUGGCCUGCAGUACUGGCUCAGACUCUGACUGUGAUCCAGCUAAGAGGCCAGCACCAGCCCAGAGGUGUUACCUCCGUCCCUGCUCCAUGUGGAAGGUCGAGGAAUGGAGUAAGUGCUCUAAGAACUGUGAAGGCGGCUUUAAAUCCCGAGAGGUCCAGUGUUUUGACAUGCGAGAUCAGAGACCCCUACGACCCUUCCACUGCAGAGCCGUGUCCUCCAGGCCACAGACCCACAUGCCCUGCAACCUCCAGCCAUGUCUUGACUGGUACGCCUCCUCCUGGGGUGAGUGCUCUGAGGUGUGUGGAGGAGGAGAGCAGCAGAGAAUAGUUGCCUGUCCGGAGGAGGAUCGAUGUGACAGGGAGCUUCAGCCCAGCAGCUUCCAAUCAUGUAACGCCCAGCCCUGUGCUCAGUGGCUUACUGGCUCAUGGGGACAGUGUUCAGCUUCCUGUGGCGGCGGAGUUCAGCGUCGACUCAUUAAAUGCAUCAACACAAAGAGCGAGACAAAUGAGGAACUGGAUCCAGCUGAAUGUGACCACGAGCUGCAGCCUGAGAGCACGCGCAAGUGUAACUUACAGGAGUGUGAGAGCACCCGCUCUGAAGCAAUUUGUCUUCGUGAUCGGCUGACCCUUCGUUUCUGUCAGACUCUCCGCUGGCUCGGCCGGUGCCACCUCUCCAACGUCCGAGCACAGUGCUGCAAAUCCUGCAGCCAACGUUCCCGCUCCAUCAGUGCGUCUCAACGCUGAGGUGCAACAAGGAUACUACUCACAGGAACACUGAUUACACCACUGGGGGAUGGAAAGUAAACCUCUGAUACAAUUUUCAUCAACACUACAGACUGAAAGUGAAUCAUUUCACUGCAAAACUCACCUGGUGAACUCUAGCACAAGGAUGACGUGAGCUGUAAAUGUAAGAAAGUAUAACCACUCUCAGCACCAUGAAGAUGUAAAUAAUGUUGAACUUUUUAUAUGACACAUUUGACAAAGAGGACAUUUUACUUAUCAAGAUGUCUUUGUAACAGAUGCAGUGCUGCUUAACAGGGAUAUCCUCUUAAUGCAGCUUAAUAAGGCGUUAUAACACAUGUAGAUAGACCACCUAUUAACCUUAUGUUGGUACAAUGCUUCAUUUUUAAUGACAGCAGCAGAAUCAAAACAUGUACAACAAACAGAAAAAAAGAUCUGAUGUGGUUUUACAGACAGUUUGGUACAAGUGAAACUGAGCAAAACCAAUGCUUCGUCUGACUGUUUGCUAAGCUCCCCCCACCCCCCACAUUCACACUUUUGCUUAUUGUGCCAAUUUUUGAUUUAUCAAGAAAAAAAAAGUUUUUGUAAAUAUGUGGAGAGGGUGAGAAGACAUGCACCAAGCAUGCACCAACAUUGGGAAUCACAUCUAUGACCAGUGUGUUGAGGACUGUAGCCUCAUCAUACAGGUGCCAUUAAAUUAGGCCAUUUUUUUUUUUUUAAGAUUCAUUUUUGGCCUUUUUUAGAUAGGACAGUGGAUAGAGUCAGAAACAGGGAAGAGAGCAGGGAGAGACAUGCAGGAAAUAGUGCCACGGGCCGGAUUCGAACCCGGGUCGCCUGCAUACAUGGUGCGCCUUAACCACUCGACUACCGGUGCGCCUAAAUUAGACCAUUUUAAAGGUUGUUUUUAAUGUAUGAAAAUGUAUGGCAUCCACUAGAGAAAAAUAUAUAUCAUAUGUUUUCUUUAUUAACAAGAUAAUCAUUUUAAUAAUAAUAAUCUUUUUUAUAGAGCACUUUGUAAAACAUAGUGACACAGUGCUUCACAAGCAGCAGAAGCAACAAAGCAGAUAAAAUACCAGUAAAAUCAGGCAAGCAGCAAAGUGGGAACAGUUAAGAAAUCACAUGUUAAACUCAAAUAAAAUCAGGUAAAUAAAAGCAGUUAAAACUCAAGUUAAAUCAGUAAAGGCUCUUUUGUAAAAGUGUCCUAUAUUGAUGUUUAGCCUCCAGUAAUUUCUGUUAAAGUUGCUCCUGUGGUUAUUACAAGCUCAGAGAGAUCCGCAGCAUGGCUAUACAUGAAUGUUUUAUCUGCGUAGUUUAACAAGUUUUAAGUAAAAAUGGGCCAAGAAAAUAUGUUGGCUUGACUGUACACUGUGUCAAAAAUGUACAAAGCACAUCAUUUCUCCCCCCCAAAAAAACCCCUCUGUGUCACACAGUAAUUUACAAGGCCUUUAUGAUUUUGUCUCCUUCCGCCGUGCACUUAUAGCCUCUGAUCAGCUGUGUGGGUCUGUAGGCCUCUACAGGAAUAAUAGCACCACUCCAAGUUUCUCCAUCUCCUGGAGAAACACUGCAGUGUCCAUAUUUUUUCAAGAGAAUGCAAUACCUUUCUGUACUUUAAAUAUCCUUCACACUUGCCUUAUAUAAUGGCCUUUACAUCCUGUUUACUAUAACAGUGAAUUCCAUAUAGAGGAUCAUGGUAUUCUUAGAAAAGAUUAAAGUCUUUUGGCCUGAACACCUCCAGAUUUUUAUACAUGGAUCGUAAGUGUCUGAUGUAUUGUUGGGUUAGUGGAGGCUGCUACAGUUUGGCAGACAUGCUAACAUUGCUGUAGAGCAGGUUUUGGUUUUGGAAAUGAUAUACAAAAAUACAACUUGCAAACAUUUUACAUGCUGACACCUAUAGCCACUGGUGGCAACUGCCCCCCUUGGUGCCCCAGUGUUGAAAAAAGUGCCAUCUUGAAAGCCCAUAUGGUACAUAAAGCAUAACAAGUGCCCUCCCCUUUCCUGACCAAACUCGUGAAAAAAACUGUAGAUGGCACAUUGUCAGUAACAGCUGCUCAGUAGAGCAGUCAUUCUUAAUAAUAUAAUAAAAAGGCCAACUGCUGUAUGUGGUACUCAUACAGCAGUUACAUUUUGAGUGGGUCUGAUUGUCACACAUAAUACAGAGAGAAACCCAAGGCUGCUCCAGCUGAAGUUGCCAGGUAAUGGUUUCUCUUUUUUAAGAUUUAUUGGCUUUAAUACCUUUUAGAGAUGUUCCAAUACCAUUUUUACUUCCCAAUGCAAGUUCUGAUAUCAGAGCGUUGGGUAUCAGCCGUUACAGAGUAUUGAUCUGACGCUGGUGUAAACUUUCUAGACCAACUAGUACACUAUUUUAUCUCUACAGUGAACUCAGAACAUGACUCAGCAAUGAACUCCUCAAAAGAGUUUGUAGAUGUUAUUUCAGUCAAUUAUUUCUCCCCUUUAAUAACACAAAUUGGUGUUUUAUUAUUUAUCAUUGGAAAGCUUAUUUAGUCCCCUUGAAAAUGAUGUAUGACUUGUAAGGAUGGUGUAUUUGUGGAAUGAGCAACACAGCUGAAUGUGUGGGCAGCACCCUCAAAAAAUCGGCCAAAAUCCCCUGCGAUAGUCUCCAGUUGGUAUUCACUCUUGUUUUUAACAUCAUCUUAUGUUAGGCACAUUUUUUGGGGGUGCUACCCACACAUUUAACUCUGUCACUCAUUCAACAAAUCUACAAUCCUUACAAGUUAUUUCACUGUAAAGUUGACUAAUCAGGCUUUCCAACAAUAUAAAAUGCAACACCAAUUGGUAUUAUUUCAGGUGAGAAAUAAUUGACUGAAAUAAUGUUUCCAAACUUUUUUGAGGAGUUUUGAAUAGUAAUGUGCAGCCUUUUAGUGACUCUUAAAGUUGCUUUACCUGCUAAAUGUUGUGAGUUUUACUGCUAAAUAUUACAAUAACAAUGAUGCAGAGGGCGACAUCACAGGCUCUCUGUCUCUCUUUCUCUCUAUUAUGUGUUCUUUAGGCCAUCUCCAUAAUGAUUUACGUGUUUGGACAGGACAGCCUGCCAUUUGUUGACAACCCCUCACAAAGCAUUCUGGGAAAAUAUUUGAUCUACUGGUGUGAGUUUAAUCUUUAAAGUCCCCAAAGAGUCACCAAAGUUUCAGGCUCACCAGAAAUGCUUCUGUAGAGGCUACGAAGGCAUGGAUAGCAUCAUUGGAGUGGUGCUACAUCUUUACCUUUUAUAGUUUAAAAGUUAUUUAACUUUAAUAACCUGUGUAACUUCUUGUCAUAUAUGACAGUACCAAUGUCAGAUCCGUGCAUAAAUAUGUGUACUUGCCGAUGCCAAUACCCACAUUUUAAGCAGUAUCAGACGUAGUUUCAGUAAUGGUAUCAUAAUCAGAACAAAGCUAUUACCUUUAUCAUGACAGGACAGAGGAUAGAGUCAAAAACUGGGGACAGAGAGUGGGAAUGGUGAGGGGCCAGAGGGCCAAUCUGCACCUGGGCCACUUGGGCAACAGCUUUGAUACAUGAGGCGCACACCUGUGUCCUAAGCUGUGAUUGGACUGUCACGUCUUAGGGGCAGGGUUUAGCAAACAGUCUGUUGCUGGUUUUAACAUCAGCAGCUUAACAAAAGCUUUUUCAAGUAUUUGUAGCAGAAUUGUUGUGUCAGGUCCCUCUUUGUUUUUACUACAUUCAUGUUUGUCAUGUGUGUACUAAACACAGAGCAGCAGGAAAAUACUUGGUGCUAAAAGCCGCACAGGCUCCGAACAUUUCAGGUCAGGUAUUGGCAGGCCCAGUGCCUCGUUUACUUAAAUAUUGGGUAAUUUGAUGUCUUUGUGUUACUAAAAACUUGAUUCAGAGCAUUUUGUUAACGUUGGACUAGCAGACUUUUGUGACAUGUUUAAAAAUGGAGGGAAACAUUUGAAAAAUGUAAAAAAAAAAAACAUUAGGUUUUGUAUCGUGCAUUAUGAAAUUAAGCAUCAGUUGUGUUUUAUACUUUUGCAACUGGAGUUGUUAGUUGCCGUAAUCUUGUUUUUGAUAAACUGAAUUUUUACUGA